AUGGAAGGAAGUGAUGAGACAGAAUGUUCUAGAACAAGCCUUUGCGAGGAAAACGAUGAGGAGGAGGAAGCAAGCAACAAGUCAAGCUAUAGCAGAGAGAAGAAGCCGCCAACGAUUAGGCCUUACGUCCGAUCGAAAACGCCGCGGCUGCGGUGGACGCCCGAUCUUCAUCGCCGCUUUCUGCAAGCUGUGGAAACACUUGGUGGAUUGGACAGAGCUACACCAAAAUUAGUGCUUCAAUUCAUGAAUAUGAGAGAGCUAAAUAUUGCUCAUGUCAAGAGCCAUUUACAGAUGUACAGAAGCAAGCAGAUUGAUGAGCACAGUUAUCAAGGUCGAGGGAUGUCUGAUAAUGGGUUCUUUUUAGGAGCAGUAGAACACCAGAAUAUGUUCAAUCUAAGACAGCUCCCACUUCUUCCUAGUUUUCAUCAAAGGCGUCUUUCUAUCUUUAGCCAUAACUACAGGUCACAGAUUAAUCUAGAUUUUGGCCCUAGGCGAAAAGAAGAAGAUAUGAAAGAGGAAUUUGGGUUAUUGCAUAAGCUAGAUGAUCAUAUUUAUUUCACCUCUUCAAACCUUGCACAACAUAGAGUUGAUCAUGAGCAAAUGACAUGUUUGGAGCGGCGAGAGAGUGGGAUGAAAAGGAAGGAGCUCGAUUUGAAUCUAUCCCUCGGGAAAGAAUCAAGAAACGAUGUUCGCCAAAGUAGUAUUUCAUCUCCUAAUUCGGUGUUGAUUUAUAAGAAGCUGAAACAAGAUUUUGGUAAUGCAAGAGGAUCGAGUACACUUGAUCUGACUCUAUGAAUUGAAUUUAGGCAAUUCUAAGUGAGAUUUUGAGGUACUCAUUUCUAUGUAUUAAUUCACAAUGUAUUUUGUCAUUUUCAUUGUUGUCAUGUACCAUGAAGAUAAGGCAAAUAUGUUUCAUUUAUUUGGAUGGCCUUUGUACUAGAAUUCGUGCCUUGAUGUUGAAAUGAAUAUUGGUGAAAGAUAUAGAUAUAUAUGUCGUUAACUUAAUUAUACUCUUGAUCGUAUUUUGAUCUUAUGAUUCAUUAAUUUCAAUAGUUGUAUAUGAUACUUUUUUGGUGUGACACCGACAAAAAGCACUAGGUUUGCUAUUUGUAUAAUUUCUAGAUUUUGGAAAACAACAUGCAUGCAUAGAUAGCCCUAAGGCCCUACCUUCGAUCCCCUUCCUCUGUUCCUUUCUGUGUAUAUAUUUUACAAUUUAAUUAGUUUGUAUGCUAUGUAUGAAUCUAUUGAAAUUAAUAUUAAUUCGUCUAUCUAAUUGGUAUAGUCUCGACGAGCUCGUAAUUACAAAAAUUAAUUCUCUAAGGUGCGUUCUCUUUGUUGUAAAUUUAUGAAGAAUAAAAAGAAUAAAUUUAUAAUAUUAUCACGUUUUAAUUAGUAAUCCUCACCCUUUUUAUCCCAUAUUCUUUAGGGUGACAAAAAAGUUUAUCCCACAUAUUUUAGAUGGGAAAAUAUUAUCAUAUCAACAUCUCAUGAUAAUAUUAUUAUGAACUGAAGUGAAAAAAAGAAGGCAAAAGGAUUGCUCAAAUUCUUUUUCCAUCUUAUAUAUCUGAAAAAAAAAAUAUUUAAGUUGAAAAUAUAUAUUUCCAACCUCACGCUAUAGAAUAUGUAAAAAGUGAAGAAAACAUGAAAAUAUAUAUUUCCAACCUUUUUCAUCAAAAAUAAUGCAACCUAAGUUGUUAAAGAUCAAAAGGUCUUUAAUGCCUAAAGGCCAAAGGUCUUGGGUUCGAGUCCCCUGUGGCGCAGCCUUUAAAUUUCUUUAUUUAUUGUUAAAUUAUCAAAAAAAAAAUUGUCGACUUAACUCAAUUCCAAAUGUUUUCCUCUUUCUACUUCUCCUUGUGAUGAUACAAAAUUAACGAAUUAUAAUGGCUUGAAUUCGUAGUUAUGAAUGGAACCACAAUUCAGCUUACAUAUAGUGCUAUUUAGUAACUAUAGUAAAUAUGAUAUGUUAAGGGAAAAAGGAAAAAGGAGUUAUUCUGGAAAUUGAAGAUUAGCCCGAGCAAGUUGGAAAAGAAAAAGAAAAAGAAAAAAAAACAAAGAGUUGGAACCGACAUAACUAUGAAAUUUUAAAACAGCUGUCUAUUAACAAAAUUCAGCUUAAAAUUUUAAGCUGCGGGGGAAUAUUUAUUUGUUUAUAAUAAUAAAAAAAAAAUGACAUAUUUGCUGCGAGAUCUAAAUUUGAAGUUACAUUAAUUACUAAAUGUCAUGUUAUAGUUCUUCAAAAAAAUGUCAUGUCUAGCUAAGUAUUCGUAAAUACAUAAUACUCCUCGAAAAUAAAUAGUAGUAUUACCAAAAUAUUAACUGUUCUGGAAUCUUGAAAACAUCAAUUUCAUUGCGUAGCUAGGUAGAUCCAAUAUAUAUUCCAUCUUUUUUUCUUUCUGUUUGUGUAUAACAUACUCCCAAAUAGUACGAAUAUGAUAAAAAUGACCAGACAGAGAGAGGGGGAGGGGGGGUGGUGACAGAGAUAGUUAAUGCCUAACUUGGUAAAAUAUCUAAUUAGCAUAAGCUAAUAAUAUUCUUGUAAAUAUUGAUCUCUUCAUUAUCUAAUUCUUACCCAAAAUGCAGCAAUAAACGGACCUGCUUAGUUUCUAUCUACUUUUCUUUUACUUCCAUCGCUUUCCCUACCCGGAUUCCAGAUUUCUAGCUAAUUUGGAUUUUUUUUUUUUUAAGAGAAUUUGGAUAUUAUUUCGAAACAGAAAAACUAGAGUAAAUAAAAAAUCCGAAAUAAUCUGGAACCAUUAGAGCUAGUGCAGAUAUUUCUACUCGUAAAACAAAUUAGAUACUCGUGAAUGAGAAGAAUUGUGAAAUAAUACUAGCAACAAAACUUAACGGACAUACGCUACGCUUUACUUCUCCGGCGGCUUGCGCGAGCAGAAACGACGCCGUAUGCACUGAAAGAAGAGGGCGACGACGAGAAAGGCACCCAAAAGCGUGAUUAGCACAAGCAUGGUAACUUUUCCACCCACAGCAAAGUCGCUGCUUUCCUUCGCCGAUAACAAUGAUAUUUCCGGCGACAGCGACGGUGACGAAGACAAACUCAUACUAGAAUGGCGCUUUCAGCACUUUAAUGACACAGAAUUUUCCGAGGAGAGGUAUGCGCCUCCUCACUCUCUCUCUCUCUCUCUUUCUCUCUGUCUCU